GGCUUCGCGCAGGAGCCUGCAUCUCAACCAUCAGCCUUCUCCUUUGCCACUUAUUCUCCAUUCAGACAAUCAAUAUCUUGACACCAACACCACCGUCACUGCAGUGCGUGGUCGACACAAACAACGAAGGCAGAAACCCCCAAAAGCAUUCAGGCAUACACCGCCCAACAUGAACGUUGUGGACGACGUACCUUACGGUAGGAGCGAAGGCACCAGGGACGAGCUUCCAUGUGUGCUACCACAAUACACCUAUCCGGCUCCUUACCAGCCCACUAUUCACUUCAGCAGCAGCAGCAGAUGUUGCAGCGGGCAGAACACCUACGUAUUCUCCAACUUCCAUGCGGCGCCAUAUUACAGCGAUGAGGGCGUCUACUAUUGGUGCAGUGAGCAGGAAUAUCAAGAGGGCAAAGCUCGCUAUCACGAACAGUACAAGAGCACGCAGUCCGACCCGAACGGACCAACAUACUCCCAAGUUCGCCAAGUCAUCAUGAACGAGACAGCGGCGACGAGACUUGCGAGUGCUGGUCGAAGUUUAAGCAUGAAUGACGCCUGCAAGCAGGCUUGGGCGGAAAACAAGGCCCAUCUUCUUCUGCAGGUCACCCGCCACAAAUACUACAAAUGUCGGCUCGAGCGCCAGUACUUACUUGGCACGGGCAAUCGGGAGAUUGUCGAGGCGACGAAGGACCGCAUCUGUGGCACAGGAUACGCUGACAAAAAUGCUGCAGACAUGGAAGGGUACCGCCAUGCAGAGAGCCACCGGGAUAAGUGGGGCUCGAACCUGGUGGGCUGCUCCCUCAUGCAAGUCCGCCACGAGUUGCGGCAGAAAAUGGCUCUCAACCCCAACCACUUCGACGAGAUAAACGAAGACUUUCGGAGUUACAACGGUCUACUGAAGCAUCCACAACACGCCUUUGUGGAAGGCACCUUUGAUGUUGCCGGCAGUGUAGACUGCCAGCAGCAGCAGGAGAGGUAAAGGGAGAGCUUGCUGAGCCUGAGCGCAGGGUGGAGGAUGGAGCC